AUGUUUCACUAUCUGUGGCUCCUGAUGGGACUUCGAUCCCUGGCAAUGGGUGCACUGCAUCCGCCGCAACCGGAAGUGAUGACACCCCUGGUGGCAGCUGCCUUGGAAAUUCUGGCCGAGCAGGUUAGUCCCUCGCAGAGCACUUUGGCCGUGAUGGAUCUAACGCAAGAUGCUGAGCACCGGGAUGACCGGCAGGAGCAGCUAAUGAACAUAAUCCUCAGAUCGGUGGGUUCAGAGAUGGCUCUGAGGACGUUCCAGAAACCACCUGCCGAAGUUCCAGCCAGCUUCGUGGUCUUUCUGGUCAAUUCCGCAGAGGCAUUUAACACACUGGGUUUCCACUUUACGGAUAUCCACUCCACGCGGGAAUUCAACUUUCUCAUCCUGUUGACACGUCGCAUGUCCUCACGAGCCGAGAGACUUGAGGUGCUGACAGAUAUAUCGAGGACCUGUGUCAGAUUUCACACUUCAAAUGUUAUUUUGAUAACCGAGAAGAGAGACGGAGUGGUCCUGGUCUACGCCUAUAGUUUGUUAAAUAUGGACUGCGAUCUUAGCGUAAGUCUAGAGUUAAUAGAUAUCUAUGAAAAUGGAUUAUUUCGGCAUGGUCACGAGGCCAGGUCCAUUAACCGGGGCAUCAGUCUGUCCGGAUGUCCACUGCAGGUCAGCUGGUAUCCAUUGGCACCAUUCGUGUCUUUCAUCGGCAACUCGAGUGAUCCCGAGGAAAGGGCACAGACCUGGCGACUAACUGGUAUCGACGGAGAGCUCAUUAAGUUGCUGGCGAGCAUCUUUCACUUUCGCAUUCUUCUCGAGGAACCGUGCGAUAAAUGCCUGUCGCACGACAUCAAGGAUGAUUGCAGUGGCUGCUUCGACCAGGUGAUAUUUAGCAACUCGUCCAUACUGAUCGGUGCCAUGAGUGGUUCGCAUCAGCAUCGAUCGCACUUCUCCUUCACGAGCUCCUACCAUCAGAGCUCACUGGUCUUCAUUAUGCACAUGAGUUCUCAGUUUGGAGCAGUGGCCCAGUUGGCGGUUCCGUUUACUGUCAUUGUUUGGCUAGCACUAGUGGUUUCCAGUUUGCUGGUGGUCUUAGUACUCUGGAUGCGAAAUCGACUCGUGUGCGGACGAUCGGAUUUGGCUAGGCAUGCCCUACAAGUGCUCACCACGCUUAUGGGAAACCCCUUGGAGGCCAGGAGGCUGCCGAGAAGUGGUCGAGUGCGCAUCUUGUAUGCUGGCUGGUUGCUUUUGGUCCUGGUUUUGCGAGUCGUUUAUCAGGGGAAGCUAUUCGACUCCUUUCGAUUGCCGUAUCAUAAACCGCUUCCCACGGAAAUAUCAGAGUUAAUCCAGUCUAACUAUACACUGAUUAACCAGGAGUAUCUCGACUACUACCCGCGCGAGUUGACUGUCCUAACCAGAAAUGGUUCCAUGGAUCGUUUCGAUUAUAUCCAAGGACUAGGUAAGGAGGGCAAAUUUACGACUACCUCCCUGAUCGCCACCAUGGCGUACUACAAUAUGAUGCACUGGAGCACCAGUCGAUUGACCCACAUCAAGGAGCACAUCUUCCUCUACCAAAUGGUCAUCUACUUGCGCCGCCAUUCGUUGCUGAAGUUCGCCUUCGAUCGGAAAAUCAAACAGCUCCUGUCGGCCGGCAUUAUUGGAUAUUUUGUGCGCGAAUUCGAUGCCAGUCAGUACAGGAAACCCUUUGAGGAGGACUAUGAGGUGUCACCCAUUCCCUUGGAUUCCUUUUGUGGUCUUUACUAUGUUUCCUCGAUUUGGCUGUCCGCAGCUGUUGUUGCUUUUAUUCUUGAGCUUCUCAGCCAACGGAUUGUCUGGCUGAGGAGAAUCUUUGAGUAG